AUGGCACCCCGUCACAAGAACAACGAGUCAAUGAGCACGAGCGAUGGCCCCCGCCGUGGCCGUGGCCGUGGGCGCGGCGCUAGACAGCCCUCAGGACGUCGGGGGCGUGGCAGGGUGGCCGUCCCCAUCAGUGAUGUGGCUCUGCCCGCCGAGCACGAUGCAGCGGCGGGCGACUCCCAAGAGCGCCCUGGUGACGGUAACUCCGGCGAGGAGGAGGAGUCCUUUUCGCCAUCUGCGCUCGAAGCGUACGUGCCGCAAGGGGACAGCGAUCCUACCGAUCCAGAGAUGGAAAACGACAUACUCAGCCUUGAAGAAUUAGAAGCCUACGCCAAUGCAGCUAUGGAUUGCGCAAGUGAUGACAGCUACGCAGCAGACAUCCCGGAGGCAGCGGCAUGCGGUGAUGCCACGCCCUCGUUUUCGGAGCUAGACCGUACCACCCAAAGCGUCGCCGCAGAGCGCCAGGCAUCGACUGACUUUCAGUCUACACCAAGCGCCGGGCAAACCGAGGAGGAGCGGCGCAUCCAUGACUUUGUAGAAGGGGCUUCUCGCAUGAUCCCAAGCGAUAAUGGGCCAAACGUCUUCGCAACAAUCGGCAACGCCGAUGCAACCCCAGCUGGUUUGACAGCGAGGGAAUGGCGGCGCACGGCGUUCACCCGUUUGUUGGAGCUGCCAGACAGUGACGGCCUCACCAGGCUGAUGGACCACUUCUUGCACUCCCUCAUUCAGAACGGUCGGCCUAGCAACCCUGAUGUCCCAUUGGCUUCUGCAAAUGCCGUCCUCGAAGAAGUCAUUGGCAACUAUCGCGGAUCCACGGCCGCCAUCACAGCAACAUUGAGUAGCUUCCUGCCGCCUUCUGAAAGGCUCGGCAGUUACGAUGGUGUGCGGGACACGACGUCGGAGCAGUGGAGGAUUGCAAUUGCGUACUAUCGUAUUCUACUAGCCCUUCGGGCUACAACAAUCUAA